GCAAGCCAAACAACCUGUACCGGCAGUGAGAAGGUCACAUUCAUUCAUCUGUGGUCCCUCACAAAGAAGUCCCUCCUCAUCAGCCAUUCUUAAGAUCAUCAAGGUGAGAGUAUUAGCAACAGAAGAGCUGGCGUUACCGGAUCAGCCAUGCUUGGAGGCUUUUGCGCAAAUUUGUUGGUCACAUUGGCUCUCCUCUUUCUAACUCACACUGGGACUCAAUGCAGGACAGAAAGUGAUAUUUCAUCCGUUACUUUACCUGACUGGAGAAGAGAUUCAGAAUAUAUUGCACAGUGCUCGUUUGGCAAACACAAGAAUACAGCAUGCGACUGGACAACGAAUCACCACAGAUCACACACUCUAACAGUGCAUACAAUAGAAAGUGAUGCAUUGGAUCAAGGGGAAGCCUGUCUAGAGUUCUGGUACUUGGCCUCUCCUCGUGGUUUAAAGCUUCGAGCUCUGCUCAAAAGCAGCAAAGGUCUGGUGGAAAUCUGGACCUCACCAGCACUGGCUCCAGAUGGUUGGCGACAGGUGUUUGUGCCACUCAACAUCAUUGAGUCUGGGACCAAGAUUGUUUUGAAGGCAGUCCAAGCAAUAUCCUUGGAGAAUCAGGUCACAUUUAACAACAUUGGAGUAAGGAGAGGCUUAUGCGGACACCAGUGUGAUCCACACAAAGAGAUAUGGACAGACCAGACCACUCGCUGCUUCUGCUCAGACAGACAGCUUCACUGUGCUCCCUCUCAGUGUCCUAAGGGUCAAAGCUGUGGUCCUCAAAUACGAACCCCUCGGGAGGCGGCCAACACUGGGACGUGUACUAUACAUAGUAACACGGACUUCAGCACUUUUGAUGGAGUGCUGUUUCGCUUCAUGGCUCCCUGCAACUACAUUCUGGCAAAGACCUGCUCUUCCUCUGAGGCUUUGUCCUCCUUCAGUGUGAAGGUUGUCAAUGACUAUGAUGAGAAUUUAUCUCAACCAGCUGUGCAGCAGGUCAUUGUGUCCGUGGGGAAUGACAGAGUGUCUCUUCUAAAACUGGAGACACACAGAGUUGUGGUCAAUGGGAUCUGGAGGAAUCUUCCACUCAGCUUCAGCAAUAACACUGUCAAAAUAAAAAGCAACCUGGCAGCUGUUGUACUUGAAACCACUUUUGGCCUUUCAGUGUCAUAUGACAUUGCAGGUGAUGUGCAGGUGACCCUGCCGUCCACUUACUCUGAGGACAUUUGUGGCUUGUGUGGAAACUUGAACCAUCUUGGAGAAGAUGACUUGACAAGGCCUGACGGAGAACCUGCAUAUGAUGCCACAGCUUUGGCUAACAGCUGGCAGAGUGAUCAAAAAAACUCCAUCUGUGAAACAAUUCCAUUACCUCAGGAGUGUGACCCGGUGGAGGAGGCCGAGUAUGGCAGUGAGCAACAGUGUGGAAGUCUCCUCUCCAGUACUGGACCAUUUGCAGCAUGCCAAUCUUUUCUGGGAGCUGAAAGCUACUUCAGGGGCUGUAUGAACAAAAUGUGCUCCACUCAUGGUGAUCCCGCAGUGCUGUGUGAGACACUGCAGAUGUACGCUGAUAUCUGCAAGGAUGCUGGAGUCAUUGUUCCUACAUGGCAGAACGCUACAAUUUGCCCUCGACUGUGUGGUGAAAAUAGUCAUUACAACUCAUGUGCUGAAGGCUGUCCAGAUGUGUGCCACAGUCAGGAUAUCAUCGGAUCUUGUGGAAGUUGUGAGGAAAGGUGCGAGUGUGACCAUGGCUUCAAACUCAGUGGGGGCAAUUGUGUUGCAACAGAGGACUGUGGGUGCUGGCAUAACGGAGAACACUAUGAGAAAGGGGAAAGGAUCUUAGAAGGAGAGUGUGCGCUGCUGUGCCAAUGCAUGGGUGGCAAUAAUGUUCAGUGCACUAAAAUGCAAUGUGACAGAAGUGAGGUCUGUAAGGUUGAGGCCGGGGUCAAAGGAUGCUUCCCUAUCAAACCGGCCACCUGUAGCGUGUAUGGUGAUCCACACUAUAUCACCUUUGAUGGGAUGGCGUAUGACUUUCAAGGGGGGUGCAGUUACACACUGGCUACCACAUGCGGAGGAGAAAGCAAAGUCCAUUUCAACGUGACCGGUCACAAUACGCAUCAUCCCCUUCACAACUUGACCCGGUCUAAGUUGGAUGCUGUGACCCUGCAAAUUGAGGAUUUCCACCUCACAUUGAAGCAGACCAGCCAAGUAUAUGAGAAUAAGAGCCUUGUUCAACUCCCUUACUCCACCACUGCUUCAUUUGGUUCUGUCUGGGUUUACAAGAAUAACAGUUAUGUUGUCGUGGAGACAACCUUUGGCCUAAGAAUGGUCCUAGAUGGGCACAACAGCUUCUUCUUACAGGUAGACGAGAGCUACAAAUAUCAACUAUGUGGCCUAUGUGGUACCUAUUCAGGACAGCAGGACGACGACUUCAUAAAACCAAACGGCCAAAACACUACAGACCCAUUUGAGUUUGGUGAUAGCUGGAAGGCGCCACUCAAUAACGAAUGCGUUUCUCAUCCAAAUGAUCCGCGACCUUGUGAAAAUGAGGAGGAAGACAAUGAGGCCUACGUUGAGUGUUUUGCCAUCCUUGGCGAAGCCUUCAAGCCCUGCCAUGAAACCAUUCACCCGAGCAUCUACAUCAGGAGCUGUGUGCACGACUACUGUGACACAAGGGGCGACCAACACACCUUAUGUGUGUCUCUUCAAUCCUACGCAGCUGCCUGCCGUAUAGCAGGAGUGGAGAUACCCCAUUGGGCCUGCAUUGAACCCCAAACUACAGAAAAUCCUCCAACUCCACCCACUCCAACUCUUCCACCGCUAACACCGGAUCCAGAUUUAUGUCCCUUAAACUGCGACUUUGAGAAGAAUCUGUGUGGGUGGCAGCAACUCAUACAGGACACCUUUGAUUGGACAAGGUAUUCCGGUGCCACCCCAACAAUCGGAAGUGGGCCAAACCACGACCACACCACUGGGGCGGGAUUUUAUAUGUACAUUGAGGGUGACAGUGUAACACAUGGAGACCCAGCUCGUCUAAUGAGCUCAGAGUGCCUUUACAGUGGCCCAGUCUGCCUCCAUUUCUGGUACCAUAUGCAUGGCUCUGCCACGGCCAUGGCCCUAAAUAUGUACCUGCUCCAAGGAAAUAUAGCAACCAAGAUUUGGUCCAUGAAAAACAACCACGGGGAAGAAUGGCAUUUAGGAAAAGUUGAUAUCAAUGUCUCCGGCCCUUUCAAGAUCAUAGUGGAGGGAAUCCGAGGCUCCAAUGCUCUAUCGGAUGUGGCGAUAGAUGACAUCUCCAUCCAGUUUGGCUCUUGCGCAAGUGGACUGGGAAACGGAGCUGAACCUGGAGAAGUCAUUCCCUCAGACCCAGUUUGUAGCUUGAAUUGCAGCUUCGAUAGAAAUAUUUGCAACUGGAAUCAGAUGGUGACAGAUGCUUUUGACUGGACAUGGCAAAGUGGUUCUACGCCUACCCUCAUGACAGGACCCUCCUCUGACCACAGUGGGGAUGGUCAUUACCUCUACAUCGAGGCUAGUACUGUGUCACAUGGGGAUACAGCGCGUCUCAUCAGUUCUGGAUGUUCUGCCGCCGGUUCCCUGUGUUUGCAGUUCUGGUACCAUAUGUACGGCUCUGCUGAUACUAUGGCCCUCAAUAUAUAUUUGCUGCAGGACAAAAAAGCUGUUGCUAUUUGGUGGAAGAGGAAUGAUCAAGGAAAUAUGUGGCACUUGGGUCAGGUAGACCUGACAAACACAGGACCUUUCCAGAUCAUUAUCGAGGGGCGCAGGGGCUCCAAUAAAGAAUCUGAUGUCGCCAUAGAUGAUGUAUCACUUUAUCAUGGACGAUGUUCAGAGCUAAGUGGUGUCAUGACAACACCCCCUCCCAAACCAGAUGGAAACAUCACGGCUCCUCCAAAUGUCACAGAGCUUCCCGCAGUCAAUGUUACUGAUGUUACAACUUGGCCGCCUGUGGCAAAUGUCACACAACACCCUGUUAUUGAAGCAACUCGGAAUUUAACUCUAAAUAACAAUUAUAUUGGAGCCGCAGAGAGCAGAUCACCACACUCCGUGUGCCAACUCGACUGUAAAUUUGAGAAAGACCUGUGUCAAUGGAAACAGCUUCGCACUGAUGCCUUUGACUGGACAAGACUAAGUGGGUCAACGCCAACAUUAAGGACAGGGCCUUCUUCGGAUCACACCACAGGACAUGGCCACUAUCUUUACAUUGAAGCCAACACCGCAUCACAUGGAGACACAGCUCGUCUCAUCAGUUCAGAGUGUUUUGCCUCCGGUCCUCAGUGUCUGCAGUUCUGGUACCAUAUGUACGGCUCGGCCGAUACUAUGGGCCUCCAUCUAUAUUUGCUGCAGGACAAAAAAGCUGAUGUCAUUUGGCGGAAGAGGAAUGAUCAAGGAAAUAUGUGGCACUUAGCUGAGGUGGGCGUGACGGUCAACGGAUCUUUCCAGAUCAUCAUAGAGGGGCGCAGAGGCUCCAAUGAAGAAUCUGACGUCGCGAUAGAUGAUAUAACGCUUUAUCAAGGACAAUGUUCAGAGCUAAGUGGUGUGGUGACGACACUCCCGCCCAAACCUGAAGCGAAUGCCACUCUUCCUCCAAGUAACACUUCACAUGAAACUGCAAUUACAGAGCUCCCUACUGUGAAUGUUACAUAUGAACUCCCUCCAACAGCUAGGCCACCUGGACCAAAUGCCACGGUAUCCCAUUUUGCUGAAGUAACAACUAAUGUAAUUAUGGAUAACAAUGAUACUCCAGACGCACAACCACUUCACGCAGUGUGCCAACUAAACUGCAACUUUGAGAGAGAUCUAUGCCAAUGGAAUCAGCUCCGUGCUGAUGUCUUCGACUGGACAAGACUGAGUGGCUCAACCCCGACAUUUAGUACUGGGCCCUCUUCAGAUCACACAACAGGAUAUGGCCACUAUCUUUACAUUGAAGCCAACACCGCAUCACAUGGAGACACAGCUCGUCUCAUCAGUUCAGAGUGUUUUGCCUCCGGUCCGCAGUGUCUGCAGUUCUGGUACCAUAUGUAUGGCUCGGCCGAUACUAUGGGCCUCCAUCUAUAUUUGCUGCAGGACAAAAAAGCUGAUGUUAUUUGGCGGAAGAGGAAUGAUCAAGGAAAUAUGUGGCACUUAGCUGAGGUGGGCGUGACGGUCAACGGAUCUUUCCAGAUUAUUAUCGAGGGGCGCAGAGGCUCCAAUGAAGAAUCUGAUGUCGCCAUAGAUGACAUAACUCUUUACCAUGGACAAUGUUCAGAACUAAGUGGAACGGCGACGCUACACCCUCCCAAACCUGAAGGAAAUGCCACUAUUCUUCCAAAUAUCAAACCACAAGUAACUGCAGUAACAGACCUCCCUGAGGUGAAUGUUACUGGUCAAUUCCCUGCUACAGAGAUGCCACCUGUGGCAAAUGCCACAAUAAUUUAUGUCCCUGAAGCAACAACUGAGCCAAUUAUUAAUAACAAUGAGAUUGCAGAUGCACAAAACAGACCACCAUACUCUGUGUGCCAUCUCAACUGUAAUUUUGAGGAAGGCCUAUGUGAAUGGAAUCAGCUUUUCACUGAUGCCUUUGACUGGACAAGACUGAGUGGCUCAACCCCUACAAUUAUGACAGGACCCUCUUCAGAUCACACCACAGGACAUGGCCACUAUCUUUACAUUGAAGCCAACAGCGCGUCACAUGGAGAUACAGCUCGCCUCAUUAGCUCCAAAUGUUCUUCCUCCGGACCUCAAUGUCUGCAGUUCUGGUACCAUAUGUACGGUACAGCGGAUACAAUGGGCCUUCAUGUAUAUUUGCUACAAGACAAAAGAGCUGAUCGUAUUAGGUGGCUGAGGAAUAAUCAAGGGAAUAUGUGGCGUCAGGCCCAGGUUGACUUCACAACAAUUGGAUCUUUCCAGAUCCUUUUUGAGGGUCGACGAGGUUCUAAUGAUCAAUCAGAUGUGGCCAUAGAUGACAUAUCCCUAUACAGUGGGCCCUGUUCAGACAUCACAAACACUACCACCCCUGUACCCAUGACAACGGAUUCUGUUACAACAGAAGGUUCUGAACUUACAACAAAAUACACAAAUGUUACACAACCAAUAACAACUACACUACAAACAACAACGGACACAACCAACUCUGGGACUCAGACAUCCACACCAGAACUAACUAAGCCCACAAACCCAAAUGCUUCAUCAGAAGCGACAGCUGGGACAGUUACAAGUGGACCUCAGACAACUGCCACAGUCCACCCAUCAUCAACAAAACACCCAGGACCUGAACCAACAACUGAAAAAAUGACAUCACCCAUUACUUACCCUCACUCCACAGCUAGACCCGUGCCCCUAACAACAGAGAGCGGUGAAGCAACAACUGGAUUACACCCAAAAACAUCAGUGACACCAGAAACUCCAACAACAGUAGAACCACAGACUACUCCCACAGCUCUCCCAUCAUCAACCACCCAUCCAGUAGAUGAAGGAACACAAGAUCCAGGACCUGAACCAACGACUGAAAAAAUGACAUCACCCAUAACAUACCCUCACUCCACAGCUAGACCUAUACCACUAACAACAGAAAGCAAUGAACCGACAACUGGGUCACACCCCAAAACAUCCAUGACACCAGAACCACUAACCCAAACCCCAUCAGCAACAGAAGGACCUCAAUCAACUAGUCUUGAAACUCAGCCUCCAACUGCAACGCAACCUCUUCCACAAACAACAGCUGCACUGCAGCCUUCAACAAAUGAACCACAGUCAACAAUCACCAUUAAACCACAAGAUCCAAAUAAUACUUCACCAGCUACUACUGUUGGAGAACAGCCCCCAACUACUGAAUUGACACCUUCUUGCCAACAGAAUAGUCAUUACAACACUUGCAUCCCUGCCUGCCGUCCAACCUGCAGAUAUUUGAAUGGGCCGCCAUUUUGCAAGCACAAUGAGGGUUGUAAGCCGGGGUGUGUGUGUAAUGAUGGCUAUGUACUGAAACUUGGAAUUUGUGUACCAAUCCUCCAAUGUGGAUGCGUGGACGGAGACGGCAAUAAAUAUGUUUUUGGUCAAAUGUGGUACACCAAACACUGCGGUCAGAAAUGUAGAUGUGAGAGGGAAGAUGAUAUUGGGGAGAUUGACUGCGAUGAAGAAGAGUGUGACGACAAUUCUGUUUGCCUUCAAAAUGAAGACGGGCAUUAUUACUGCCAGAAAACAGGUUUCAAUGAGUGUACAAUAAAUGGGGACCCUGGGUACAGAACCUUUGAUAACAUGAAGCAUGACUUUGAGGGAGAACAUUCAUACGUGCUGGUCCAAACCAGAAACUUGCCUGGUAAUCUUCAGGAUGUCUACAUAGUGGGCAUCAAUACACCCGGUGGUAGUGAAGAAGAUCGUGAUGAUGACGAUAACGACGACGAUAAUAGUGAUAAUGACAGCAAUGAGGAUGAUGAACGCCACAGAUUACAGGGGCUCAAGAUUGAAGUGUACAAUCAUACAGUGGAGUUCAAGAAGCAUCGGAAGUUGUUUGUGGAUGGACAGCGAACUGAGCCACCGGUUUCACCGUCCCUUGGUCUAAAGAUUAAGAAGCAUUCCUCUCACAUUUAUCUCAAUACUGACUUUGGUCUUUCAGUAAAAUUUGAUGGACAAAACAAUGCAGAAAUAACUCUACCACGUACGUACAAACGAAAAGUUGGAGGCCUUUGUGGGAACUUUGACGGUAGAAUCCUGAAUGACCGGAUGAAACCUGACGGGACCGUGGCCAAGACUGUCCAAGAAUUUGGAGAGAGCUGGAGAGUGUGACAAUGUCAAAGGGGGCAGAGGGGUGCUGUCCCAGAUACUGCUCAACAUCAUCAUGUCCACUCAUAAAACUUUUUUUUUUUCCUUUAGACUGAGCACAACCUGAAUAUUCAGUUACAUUUGUGUAUUAAGCUAAACUGGUUUUGUACCAUAUCUGAAUUAAUUAAGAUGAACUUUUGCUAUACCAUAACAACACAGGCUAUGCAUGAUCACAUAACAUUAGCUAAUUUUAACCAGUGACUUAUUGAAUUCAAAAACUGCACAUGAAUAUAGAGUCAAUACAUUCCUUUGUGUAAAUAAAGAUUCACCAGAAACAUUGCUAAUGGCGUUUAUCAAUUAUUACAAUUUUGCUCCUAGUUUAUUCGACUUUCUCGGAUUAUUUUACCAAUAUGUUUUGCUAUGAAACACGCACUGCAAUUGUUUUGUUGAUAAACAGAAACCCUUGUUAAAAAUGUUACCGAGAAUGUCUUCCGUCUACAGUAAACAGACAACAUUCCUACCAAUAAAAA